GAAGAAAUAUAAACGUAGAGUGCGAAGAAAACUCUCGGUUCCGAAUGGACCACCGACAUGCCCAGGUGAAUCUAUCGAGACUGGAUAUAUCAACUGUGAUCAACCUCCUUGUUAUGUAUGCCCACCACCGCCACAUUGGCGAUAUACCUCCAGCCCCCCAUGGUGCUGCCUCGAAGAAAACAACAAUCCUGUAUGGCACCAACCGCUUCAGAAUAACGAGUACAAAUGCUUGAUGAAUAUCGCAUUCGGGGACAAAAACAGUGGCGUAGAAAUAAAAAUAAAGUCCUGUCCAGAUGGCUUUAAGUUCAUAAUAAAUGCCUGGAAUAGUUGCUUUUGUGUUAAUUGUACAUGGU